CCUCCACCUCCUCCGCUUUCCUCUGUUUCUCCGCCGCGCUCGUUCGUCGUCUCGUCAACGAAGCGAAGCGCCGUCGCGACUUGCGUCUCUCUCUCCCCAAAGCUCGGAGCCCCGCCGCAAUCCGCCGCCGCGUCUCGCCGGCGCAAGCUCCAGAUUAGUGGGUCCACAUAUGACCUUUUCUGGGAUGGACAUUGCUUUAAAAGCAAGCACACACUCUUCUACAUCCCAGCAACACUGGUUGCAUUCAACCAGGUACCGGUGUCAAUAUGGUUUGGGUUCCACUCACUUGAAUGGAAGAAAGAGAAGUCCUAUGGUACUGUCUGUAAGAGCUGUUUCUGGGAAAUCAGACUUAGAUUUCAGUGAUCCUUCUUGGAAGGAAAAGUAUCAAGAAGACUGGAAUAGGCGUUUCAGUUUGCCGCAUAUUACAGAUAUAUAUGAUUUGAAGCCAAGGCUAACUACAUUCUCUCUGAAGAAAAACAGGACUGAUGGUGGUAGUUUAUCAGCAGAUAAGUGGAAUGGCUAUGUAAAUAAGGAUGACCGUGCACUUCUGAAGGUGAUAAAGUAUGCCUCCCCUACUUCUGCUGGAGCUGAGUGCGUAGAUCCUGACUGCAGUUGGGUUGAACAUUGGAUUCAUCGUGCAGGGCCUCGUAAGGAGAUAUACUAUGAGCCUGCAGAAGUAAAAGCUGCUAUUGUUACCUGUGGAGGCCUCUGCCCUGGUUUAAAUGAUGUCAUUAGACAGAUAGUAUUUACAUUGGAGAUCUAUGGGGUUAAGAACAUUGUUGGAAUUCAGUUUGGUUAUCGUGGAUUUUUUGAGAAAGGCUUAAAAGAAAUGCCUCUUUCACGUAAAGUGGUGGAAAACAUAAAUCUUUCUGGUGGAAGUUUCCUAGGUGUGUCUCGUGGAGGAGCUAAAACUAGUGAGAUCGUCGAUAGUAUACAAGCCAGAAGAAUUGAUAUGCUUUUUGUAAUUGGUGGAAACGGUAGCCAUGCAGGAGCUAAUGCUAUCCAUGAGGAGUGUCGUAAGAGAAAACUGAAAGUGUCAGUUGUAGCAGUUCCAAAGACAAUUGAUAAUGAUAUACUAUUCAUGGAUAAGACUUUUGGUUUUGACACGGCUGUAGAAGAAGCUCAGCGUGCCAUCAAUUCUGCCUACAUAGAGGCACGAAGUGCAUAUCAUGGAAUUGGGUUGGUCAAAUUAAUGGGAAGAAGUAGUGGGUUCAUUGCCAUGCAAGCUUCUCUUUCCAGUGGACAGAUUGAUGUCUGCCUAAUACCCGAGGUAUCUUUUACACUAGAUGGAGAACAUGGUGUCAUGCGACACCUUGAACAUUUACUGGAAAAAAAGGGAUUUUGCGUGGUUUGUGUUGCUGAAGGUGCAGGGCAGGAUUUACUGCAAAAAUCAAAUGCAACUGAUGCAUCAGGAAAUGUAAUACUUAGUGACUUUGGUGUCCACAUGCAACAGAAGAUUAAGAGUCAUUUCAAGGACAUCGGUGUUCCAGCUGAUGUAAAAUACAUUGAUCCGACAUAUAUGGUCCGGGCCUGUCGUGCGAAUGCAUCUGAUGCUAUCUUGUGCACUGUACUUGGACAAAAUGCUGUUCAUGGAGCCUUUGCCGGGUUCAGUGGUAUCACAUCUGGUAUUUGCAACACGCACUACGCUUUCCUCCCGAUCACAGAAGUCAUCACAAAACCAAAGCGCGUGAACCCCAACAGCAGGAUGUGGCACCGCUGCCUCACUUCCACUGGCCAACCGGACUUCCACUGACCUUGUACUAUUUGGCAUUUACCUCACUUCUUUUAUUGGAGUUAAUUUAGCAUUAUUUUUGCUAAUCAUGAGACUAGUAACAGCUCAUGUUACCACAAAGGUGAUCAAUAAAUAAUGUUGUAACGCGAUGACAAGUAACUCUGGUAGUUUAUUUUCAGCACCAAUAUUUUUGUGUAUCUCAAUGCUGAAAAGAUUCCUUUUUCUUCGA